UGCUGGGAAAUCCAGAGAAAUCAUCGCCAUUUUGGUAUAGUACUUAGACAAGUGGAGGAGUAAAAGUGACGGCCAGGGGCGACAGUGAAAUAAGUAGGACAGACCAGCGGUACAAUCCCUGGCCAGUGGUGUGUUUUGGGCAGACACCACUUAUCCACUGGAAGAACAUUUUGUUUUUCUCCCACCUCCCACUCUUUCUCUCUUUCCCCCGUUUGCUAUUCAUUUAUUAACCUCCAUCACUUUUGUCCACUCACUUGUCUUGGAAGACACACAGCUCUGUAAUUACACACACAUACAUAUAUAUAUAUAUGUGUGUUUGUAUAUCUAUCUAUUUACCUACCUACCUAUCUGUCUGUCUGUCUGUCUGUCAAAUUUUCAAAGAAUCCAACGGAGAAAUUGAAGACGGAUAAUUAAUUAAUUAUGGAGGAUUAUUCAUCCGUGGAGCAAAACAAACGUAAACCUGAAUACGGUUUAUCGUUAAGAAACAAUAAGAAAAACAUAGUUUAGCGCUUGAAAGAGUUAAAAAACCCACAAAAACCAAACCAAACAUUUAUACCGAGUCAAGCGAUAGUUUGAAAGGGAGAAAGAGAAGAAAAAAUUAAGGGAACGAGAGAUAGAGAGAGAACCAAACAACAAACCCCUUUUCAAUAGCUGAACUGUCCAGGGGUGGACUUGUUUGUUGUAUUUUGGUUUUGUAUUUGUAUUUGUAUAUUUGUUCCUUUAUGGAUUUACUUUAAGAGUUGACUUUUUUUAUUUUGAAAUCGCGGUAUUCAUCAUCUGAAAACACCGCACCGCCUCCUCUGAUAUAUUUAAGAACAAACAUCAAAAAGCAAAAAGCAACACUCCACAACCACUGCCGCCGCCACUACAACAGUAACACAAGAACAACAACAACAACAUGCUUUCUCGUUCCUUCGUAUUGGGAUUUAUUAUAUGACUCACGAAACAGGAUUUAAAAGGAGAAAAACCAAAACCAAAACAAAAAGAAAAACAAAAAAUCAAAACAAAACAAAAGCAGAACCCGACAAAGAUCUGUCAUAAUCUGAAACCAUCUGCUUUAUAAGAGGCGGAUUUAUAUUCACUUGUAAUAUAAACAUAUACACACACACACACACAUAUAUAUAUAUAUAUAUAUAUAUAUAUAUACAUAUACAUUCAUAUAUAUAUGUAUAUAUAUACACAUACCCACAUAUGUAUAUGUGAAUAUCUGUAUUUCUACUGAACACCAUUUCCCACCGUUAUACGAUUCCACACGUCUCAGUUGCAUAAAUACAUACAUACAUACACACACAUACACAUAUAUACAUAUAUAUAUAUAUAUAUACACAUAUACAUAUAUACCACUAUCUACACACUCCCACACAGUUGUAUGUACUUAACUGUAUACGAACAGCAUCACUUUAAUUCUCAUCCCCCACUGGAGGAUGUCUGGUUAUUUUAGCUGAAAGUCUUGUGCAGGCUGCUGUGAUAGAAUUCCAAACACUGCACCUGCUCUAAUUUAUCUUGUUUUUUUUUGUGGUGAGUCUGUGAGUGAUUUCUCUCUCUCUCCCGACCCUCGAAUUUUGUGAUCAUUUAGGAAUAAUAAAGGAACCAACCAAACAAUAAACCAACAGACAUGGCUAGUGCCAAAAGGAAGCACCUUAAAAUGAAAACUGUCCAACAAAAAGUGAAGCUGUUCAGAGCUAAUGAACCUCUCCUCAGUGUCUUUAUGUGGGGCAUUAACCACACCAUCAAUGAACUGAGCCAUAUACCUGUGCCAGUCAUGUUAAUGCCUGAUGAUUUUAAGGCAUUUACCAAAGUGAGGAAGGAUAACCAUCUGUACAAUAACACUUUGGCAUGUAAUACAAUAUUCUGGGAGAAUAUGCCAAGCCAUUUUAAAGUCAAAGAAUACUGCCCUAUGGUAUUUCGGAACCUUCGAGAACGUUUUGGUGUGGAUGACAUUGAUUAUAUGAAUUCCUUGACAAAGCAGCCUGUUGAGAUGGAUUCACCUGGUCGUAGUGGUGCCCGCAUGCUAUUGUCACAAGAUAAGAAAUAUUUUAUCAAGACAUUGGUCAGCGAAGAAGUUGAACAGAUGCAUCAUAUUUUGAAACAGUAUCACUCAUAUAUUGUUGAAAGACACGCACAGACGUUGUUACCGCAAUAUCUAGGAAUGUAUCGGAUUACUGUCAAUGAUGUGGAGACUUAUCUUGUUGUUUUAAGGAAUGUCUUCAGUCCCAGGUUGACCAUCCAUAAAAAGUAUGAUCUCAAGGGAUCUACUGUUGAUCGGCAAGCAAGUGAUAAAGAGAAGGCAAAAGACCUCCCAACCUUGAAAGAUAAUGACUUUGUCAAUGAUGGUGUCAUCAUACAUAUUGGAGCUGCAGAAAAAGAUAUCUUUAUGAAGAAGUUGAAUGCUGAUACUGAAUUUCUUGCCGGUUUACACUUGAUGGAUUAUAGUUUAAUUGUUGGUAUUCAUGACUGUGAGAAAGCUGAACAGGAAGCAUUUGAAGCUCAGCUAGAGGCUGAAGCAGAGGCAGAGAACGGAGAAAAUGCUGACGGUGAAGCUGAUGAUGGACUUCUAGAAGAGGAAGAAAUUAAUGAUGUGAUGGGAAGUGUACCUACUCCACCCGAUAGCCCCCAAACAUUCGUUGGACAACCAUUCACCGGAGAGGUUGAUCCCAAAAUUGAGAUUUUUGGUAUAAAAAGCGGGAAAGAAGACAAACAAAUCAUUUAUUUCUUGGCUAUGAUAGACAUCCUUACGAAGUACGGCAUGAAGAAACGGACUGCUCAGGCUGCAAAGACUGUAAAACACGGUUCUGGUGCCGAGAUCUCAACAGUGCGCCCUGAUCAGUAUGCCAAGAGGUUCUUGGAAUUCAUUGAGCGUUCAAUUGAGUAGUGGUGGGGAAAUACAUAAAAAGAGAGAAAAAAAAAAAGCAAAAAAAAAAAAGGAGAUGGUGGGUGACUGGAGGGAGAGGGACUUGGACCAUUACCAUCCCUCCCUUCCUCUUGUUUUUAUUUGUCUGUCUAUCUCUGUCUGUUUGUCUGUCUGUCUCUGUGGUUCUGCAAAAGAUACACACAAACAAAACUACAUCGGACUAUAACAAUCUAUGUGUUACUGGAUGGUGGGUAGAGGGGUGUCCAAUAGAAGCAACUUUUUUUUUUCCAAGUUUUUAUUUUGUUAUUUCUUCCUCCAUCCAAACUUUUUUUCACAAAUGACACACACACACACACACACCACACACACACACACACAUCUAUAUAUCUACACACAGACAUAUAUACCAAUUCACACAUACACUGACUUGUAACUUUAAUUACCACCGCGCUCUCUCUCUCUCUUGCUCUCUUCUUAUAUACAUGUAUGCAUAUAUAUGUAUAUAUAUGUAUCCAUAUUUAAAAUGUUUUUUUUCUCUUUUCAAUUUAUGAGCCCCCCCCACUCUUUUGUCUCAUCACUGCUACUGCUGCAAAAAAAUUAAAUAAAAAAGAAAAUUAGGCAAAAAAAGAAACGAAAAAUAUAAAGAAAAAAACUGACACCCACUCCCUCUUUUAAGAAAGAAAGAAAAAGAAAACAAAGAAAAUGAUGAUUUUUUUCGUUUGUUUUUGUUGUUCCUUCUUUGGAUUUUGAUAAUGGCUGCUGAUGCCGAUAUUUACAAAACAUUCACACUGUUGUUGGGCUGUGGUUGUGGCUACCUGUGUCUUUGUUUCUCAUGUUUGUCUGUCUUGUAGAUUUGGGUGUCCAUCUGGUUGUAUUAACAACAGGUUUAGUUUUUCUAUUUUCCCCCCACCCUCGACUAUAUUCUAAGCAGUCAGUUUAAUUAACAGUAAAACAACACAAAAAACGCAUUCAUUGACCCAGUGAUGGGAGCAGCUACACUUCUGUUGUGUUGU